CCGAGGGGAAGCCGCCAGUCUCCGCUGGUACACCGAGCUGCGUGCUUGCUCUUUCCCCGUUUUACCUCGUACGCGCUCUCGUCGCGCAGGCUGAGAGAAGGAAAAAACCGUGACAAGUCGAAAAAGAUUUCAAAAGCGAGGAGAGACGGUGCGAAGAGGAGGAGGGGUGAGAGAGAGAGAGAGAGAGAGAGAGGAAGCUCCGCUCUUUCGCAUUUACGACUGUCUGACACGCGAGCGCGCUCGCGCGAGGGACCGUGGCGUAUAUGCGUACACGCGUGUCACGGAAUUACGGGAUCAUCGGGAUACGUCUAGUAGUGUAACGCGGCAGGGAAACGGCGGAUUUAUCAGGGACGUGUGUGUGGGUGCUUUAACCGGCGGCUUCGGAGGAGCAACACCCGCAGCUGAAGGACGUGCUCGAAACUCAAGAAUAGAACAGAGAGGCAGAUCUCCACGCGGGCGAACAAUAAGAUCCCCAGGCAUUGGCGACCUCUGUGACUCGGGAAGCGACAGUCCGCGCGCGCUGAACGAACCGACCGUUGGGUCGCGGAGCGUCGACAACAGCAUCCGACAGUUCCGUUAACCAGGCGCAUACCACCUACCCGGAACAAUCCCCCGCUCGUGGCAAGACGGCCGUCCUCGGUGCGGACGUCCUCGGUGCUAUCCCGGCGCGGCCGCUACGUGCGACGACAACAGCCCAAAGAUUCUCCCACCGAAGGCCAAGAUGCAUAUCGAGGUGCAGGUGGCGCUUAACUUCGUGAUAUCGUACCUCUACAAUAAACUGCCGCGCAGACGAGUCAACAUCUUCGGCGAGGAGCUCGAGAAGGCGCUCAAGGACAAGUUCAAAGGCCACUGGUAUCCGGAGAAGCCGUUCAAGGGCUCGGCGUUCAGAUGCCUCAAGACCGGCGACCCGGUCGAUCCGGUGCUAGAGCGCGCCGCGAAGGAGAGCGGCGUGCCGAUCCAGGACAUCCUGGAGAACCUGCCGGCCGAGCUCGCCGUCUGGGUCGAUCCCGGUGAGGUGAGCUAUCGUAUCGGCGAGCUGAACGCCGUAAAGAUCCUCUACUCGGAGACCGGCGACCCGCACGAUGAGACCUCGGCCGAUCGCGAGGUAACCAAGACCUUCAAUCCGGAAGCGCAGUGCUUCAGGCCGAUCGAGGCCGUGAGCACGUCCCUGAGCGGUCUCAGCCUCAGCCCGAAGUCGACCUCGCCGUUCUCGAGCUCCCUCGGCAGCAAUACCAGCAACGGCUCGUCCAACAAUCAGCAGAACGGCCACGGAUCCGGUUCCUCGUCUGCGCCCUCACCCACACCCAUCACCAACUCCUUCAAGGGCUCGCCCAGCCCCGUGCCGGCCUUCAUCCCGCGUACCACCGCCCCGCUCACCUUCACCACCGCCACCUUCGCCCAGACCAAGUUCGGCAGCACCAAGCUCAAGACUAGCAGCAAACGCGCCAACAGGAUGUCGCCCACCGAGUUCUCGAACUAUAUAAAGCAGCGCGCAGCGAUGCAGCAGCAGAUUCACCAUCACCACCAUCAUCAGCAGCAACAGCAGCACCAGUCGCAGCAGCAGCAGCAGCAGCAGCAGCAGCAGCAGCAACAGCAGCAGCAACAGCAGCAGCAGCAGCAACAGGCGACCGCCGCGGCCGGCCCGGGAUUACCGGUCUCGCAGAGCUCGCCACGCAGUCGUAGUCUAUCGCCUGGCAGCAUAGUCCCCGGCGCCGGACAGCAACACGCGGAUCCAAGCGCGUACUUCUUCCAACACGGCCCGGCCGCGGCCGCCGCGGCGUACCACGCGCAGUUCCCCCAUCGCAACAUCUUCGACUCGUCGGCGAGCCACGGCGGCUACCUGCCGGCCGAUCUCUACGCUGGCACCAAAUUCCCAUCGUCGUACCUCGACCCGACCACCCUGGCCGGUCAUCAGUUCUACGGCGGCGGCAUAAACGGCAGCGGCGCCGGGACUGGCGGCGCGGUGAAUGGUACCACCGGCGCCGGGGCCGGUACCCAGGGCACCGGUAGCGCCGGCGCCGGUAACCUUGGUCCGAUCGGCUCCACGACCAACGGCAACGUCAACGCCGGCGCGGCCGCUGCAGCGGCGCAGCAGCAGGACAAGAGCGCCCUGGUCGAGGGCCUCAACAACUUCGGCCUCGGCUCGGUCGCGCCCUACCCGGCCAGCCAGUAUCAGCACUUGCUCGUGGCCAACUAAUACCUCGCGCGUGCACAUCAUCAAGUCGUCAACAAUACCGUCGCCGCGUCCCGCGGCGGCGGUAACAGGAGCGUUCUCGUUUUCGGUGCCGCUGGUCCGGCGGCGACGGCGGCGGACAAGAAAGAGAAAAGGCUGUCGCCUCCGAGACUCCGUCGUCGAGACGUUGUCCAGAGUCCGGCUUCCUGAAGACGAAUGUCCAUCAGUCACGCUCUAUCUCUCUUCCUCCUGAUCAGAAUUCGCCAGUCCACGAUAUCCAUUUUUCUUAUCCUCUCCCGCGAUUCCCAUUCAGAAAGCUUCUCAGAACGCUCUUUCGUUCGAUCUUUCCUAAUCCAAGGAGUCCGAGACACUGUGUACAUAUAUUAUCGAUAGACUAAUCGGCGAACGGGGGAGAGAUAGAGAACAAACGGAGAAAGAAAGACGACCGCCGAACGAUCGGCACCGAUGACGAUCAGAAAAGCGAUCGAGAUAAGGAAAGAAGGCGCGAUAGAACGGAGAAAGAGAGAGAGAGAGAGCGAGAGAGAAAGAAAACGUGUGCGUGUGGAGAUGCCUGGUUCUGAAGUACGCCUGGUUGCGUGUGCGUGUAGAAUACGUUUUAGGCGUGGAGGAGAGAAGAGGAGACGGAAGGAAGCAGCUAACGGCUAACGAGAGCGUGUAUAUGUAUUAAAACCCGAUAAGGACUCGAUUGGCGAUGGCGCGAGACGCUCGUUCGAGAGGCCGUCGUGUGGCUACCUACGACACCCAACAACACACAUACAUAUAUAUAAAACACGCGUAAAGGUAUAUAUACCGCAUGCAUGUAGCGCACCGGCGACAUUCGAACGAUGCGUCGAGCGUGCAUCUGGGACAGCAAAGACAUUCGACGCAUUAUAGAAAUACAUACACACAAAUUCACACACACACAUAAAAAUGCAGAUAUACAUAUUAUACCGAUCUUCCCUUAUAUACAUACGAUGCGAGCCCACGCGAUACACGUAGGCUAUCACACAUACACACACACACACAUACACACACACACACAUACACAUACACGACACACACGAGCAUCACCCACCACGCACGAGACACACGUACUAUUACGUAUUAACGAAGCAAAAAAAAAUGGAAAAGAUGAGAACCACAUAUACGCGACACUGACCCACACAGAUAUUACCAACGUGUAAUAAUUUAUUUUUUCACUGGUAUAUAGUCGGAGAAUUGAAUAAUGAAUAUAUAUCUGUAGAGCCUAUGUAUUAUAUUCAAGAUGCACUCACUCUUCACCGGGUUCUCGCGAAACGGUAGAAACUACACACUUGUCCCCCAACUCGUGUCGAACGAGCCGUCGUUGUCGGUAGAUCCGUGGAAGAUCCGAUAUAAAAGAUCUAUAAGGUAAGGUGUCUUCCAAAGUCUUUUUUCUCCAUCGAUCGAAUAUGCCGACACGAGGUGACGCGCUCGGAUGCGUCACUUCGUUUUCGCGUGGCCGGAUAUGCCAUUCAGGCACUAAAUACGUAAAAAAAGUUCUUUAAACGAGCCAGAGAUCGGAUCGCGGGUAGCUUUCUAUAUAGCGCGGAGGACCUUUACGAGUUGAAUUGGGAGAUGAAUAGCAAAACCGAGAAUCUCUACGGAAGACGGCCCGUUCAUUCGCACGAGUCGAGUAAGUAAAAAAAAAAAAGAAAAAACGAAAAGGAACAACGCGAUCAAGGAACGAAGAAUCGAUCCUUCCGCGAGUAUAGUGAUAAUGUAGAGAAAGAGAGAAACGCGCUCGCAGUUUUAUACCGUUCGGAAAACUCGUCCUCGGUACGAUUUUACAUUUUAUUUUUAUAAUAAAUGCAGUAGAAUGUAGGAGAAAUCGAGAGCGAGAAAGAGAGAGAGAGAGAGAGAGAGAGAGAGAGAGUGCAGAGCGAGUGAUAUCCAAGGGUAGGAAGAGGAUGAGGAGAAGUAGAGAAGGCGAGAUAGAAAAAGAGCCAGCCGGUGUGUUCGCGAGGGACGUAAGUGGCCUCGUUGCAGGCCCCUCGAUAUUUGCUCGGCUGUGCCUGCAAGCUGGUCCCCGCCCGCCCGUCUGUCGCAGAAAAACCAUCGGGAAUCGAUUUCCUUUCGCAAUAUUGCCUUUCGAUUUGACAUCCGGAGUCGAUGACCCUCCGAACCGUCGCGGGGGGGGAGGAGGGGGGAGGAAAGGAGGAGGAGGGAACUUCCUCGAAUGGUUAAGCCUCGGCAAUACGCUCCUUGCCCCUGCGCGUUCAACUUUGAACCCGGAAAUUCUGUCUAAUUAUUUUCCGAUCGUCUUAGACACCGCUCGCAAAUCGUUCCUAAACAAGUACAGGUCUUCGAGCAGCCGGGGCAAGAUCUCCGUCGAUUAAGAUUAAUUAAACUUUCAAUGUGAGAACGUUAAUUAGUAACUUAACGAUGAUUUGUAGCGUGUAAUCCCUUUGACAGUAUCUGUUCUCAAUCGAGCGUAAUCGUCCGCAGAGCUUUACGGUGCUAAGAAAAAGAGUCAAGUACAAAGAUAAACAAGAGCCAAUCGGAAACGGGAUGAGACGGGCGGGCGGGAGAAGAGGAGCUUUGAGGGAGCAACGUCGUCGCUUAGCGUUCACGAGGUUAAUUAGGUGAUUACGUAAUUAAAAGGCCGCGCGUUAUUGUCCUUGUCGGCGAGGCAAAGAAAAUAUCGAUCUUUUAAUGCAUCGUGAUUAAGACAAGCACCAAAUUUUCACGCAGCUACCUUGUCUCUCGGAAUUUAACGAAUCCACUAUUUAACACUGAUCUUUUAAGAGGCUUGUUUGCGCAAUUAAACUUUUCGCCGGCACAAUCGAUAUUGACUGCAGAGUGUUUAUCGUAAAACGCCACCGAAGCUUCGCUAUAAAUUUUUAGUAUAAAACUAAUGAUUAUCGAGAUAACGCUGUACAAAAUUCCAUUUUCGUCAGUCAGAACCGUCUUCCCUUCUCAAAAAAAAAGGAAAAAAAAUCGCCUACGAAAGAAGAGAAUUAUGGGUUGCGUUUUAAAAUGAACACACUCUCCGUGUAUUCCAUCCAUGCCUCAAGAUCAUUCUCCUAAUUGGUCUCUGAAUAUUAAUUACGCGCGGUUGUUUCGGUUUCCUGUGCUUGAAUUAAUUCGAUAAUACGCCUCGUAAUUUCCGAGAUAAUAAUUACGCCCAUCUCCCCGAGAGAAGAGAUAGAUCGAGUACGAGAUUCGAUUACUGGAAAUUUCACGAAAAUUAGCACGUAAUACUUCGCGCGUAUUAAAUUCUCGCGUUCUGAAACGGGUAUUUGCGAUCUCGUUCGAGCCUCGCCGACGAGUAUCCCGCGGCUAUUACGCGUGACAGUAACGGCGGCGGAGGUGCCGCGAGACGCGGGCACUAGGUGCUAAAAGUAUUCAAAAAGUGUUUAAUCCUGUGGGACGAAGCGCAAGGAUACGGGCCCGAGGAUACGAUCCGGAGACCGCACCGGCCAGUCGACCCGCGUCACCGAUCAGCCGCGUCAGGCGCGUCCUGUCCUUUUUAGACUCCGCUAAUUUCUACGACGUUCUCCGUAGCGUGUCGAUGUAGCCGUAGCGUGUAAAUGUUUAGCGUGUAAUUUCCAAGUAUGUAUGUUUAAUCGUUCUUUCUUGCGGACUUUUGUAUAGGCCUUUUUGUAAAUUAUCCUCGCGCCUGGUCGCGGCCGAUCGAAGAUCGGGGGAGGGGGGGAGAGGGGAAGGGUCGGACGACCCCUUUUCCCCAGAACGCGAUCCGAAUCGAAAGAUUUGGGGCGAGGACGCAACUUGUGAGAUCGUCCGCUUCAAAUCCGGGAUCGAUCAGCUAAAGUAAAAUAUAAACGUUGUAAAUAACGGACUCGCAUCCUACGCGCCGAAACUUUCGAUCUCGGCUGUCGCGAAUUACCGGGAGCUGAAGAAAUCCGUUUUUUAUACGAUAACCUCGGUCCAAAGUGAAAAAUUGUAGUUGGAAAUUACUAUAUACUCGAGUUACUUGUCGACCCCGAACACUCGGGGUUUGGUCGGCGGGUUUGGUGGUCUCCGGACGGGUCGGGGGUACGAAACAAGUUUUAACCGUGAAACUAACUACUAAAGUAGAAACGUGAGAAGAGAGAGACGCUGAUGAAGAACAGAACCCUUUAGUAAUAUCUAAACUUAAUUGUAAACUAUUAUAACGAUACGUACGACUGUGGUAGCUAUGCUAGUACCUGCUAUUGUUAAAGAGAAAGUGAAUAAGAUAGGGAUGACCGAAGGAGGGGAUGCCGCUUGAAAACAAAAAAUCGAACUACAACAUAGUGCUUCGAUGCGCGUCAAAAUUCGUUAGUUUGACUUCUACGGUGAUUUUUUUUGUUUACAUUUAAUUCCCGCUAACUUUAUCAUCAAAUUCAAUUUAAUCGCAAAGUCACACGAAUUAAUGAACUUAUGAAGAAUUAUCGACUUAAAUCUUAAAUGAUCAAUACGUGUUUUCAGAUUGUAUAAUAUUUUAUAAUAUUUUAUAAACGAUUGUGUAAUAUUUUAUAAAUGUACUUGCAACUUAUCUUUUUUCGUAAGUGUUAACUAUUUUUUUUGUGUACACGCAUCGGAGUCAUUAUGCUUGUCGAGACAAGUUUCGCAUCGCGUUCUGUCAGUGAGCCUCGCAAACGAUCCAAAGUCCAUCUUACGAUAUCUUGUUUUUUUCGCGUCGACGUGUAGGUGCCCCCCCCGUUUCCGUCGCCCCGCGUCAUCAAGCCUACGUCGCGAUCAAAAGCACACAAAUGACAAUUAUUUAUUCUUGUAAUUUUUCUAAUAAUCAUGCACGAUUGGCUCAAAGCGGCGCGGAUAAUUCAUACAACGACGGCGACAAUGGCGAAGAUCAGAUCGGAAAAAUCUGUCGGUCGUGUUUCUCGCGUCGCAAUCCGAAGGUGACGUCUCGCACGCGACGGAAAAUCCCGGACGAGUAUACGCGAGGAAGGCAAAGAGACGGAGAUUCCGCCUUCGUGACACGAAAUCGCGAAAGUUUCGACAGUCCACGGUCGCACCUCGCUGACAGUUCAGACAGCUGGACCAGCGGCGACAACGACAACGAUUGAAGUCGAAGAGGCGAUGAAAGGAAGUCGGUAGGCGGAAACUUUCGAAAUCAUUGCGACCGCGGAAACUUUGCAGACUUUUAAACGGGUUUCGUCCGGACUUUCGAAUGGCACUCGAAUGCGAAUAAACGCGACCGACCGGCCGGACGGCCGGCUGGCCGACGUUUAUAAAAGCUGACUUACGGUCGGGUACACGUUCCGAAAGUUUCGCGUUUCUAUGGCGAAUUUUAUACGCGGAGAGAGGGCGACGGGAAAGGGGGUGGCGGAUAAAGAAGACGGAGCGCAAAAUGCGAAACGGGCGAGGAUAGAACGAGAAGGAGGAAGGCAAAAGAACAAGAGGGAGGAAACGGGAAAGGGGUGGCAACUCAAUGCAAUAAGUCGCGAAUCAAAUGGAUCUCGGCUUGAGACGAGAGGCUCAGAUUAGCGAAGAAUCAAACACGAUGUAUACUCUUAAAAAAAAAACAAACAAACAAAAGUGAAAUUAAGAGAUGUGAGAAUAAAUAAAGGGGGAUAAAAACUAAACACUAGGAGGCACGCGCGUGCGUAAAGUGCGCGACGGGGCGCGAAUAGAGCGGCGCGAAUCAACAUGAGAGAAAGAAAGAGAGAGAGGGAGGGAGAGAAAGCGAAGUUAAGUGAAUCUAAUUAAUACUAAUAGAGCAUACACAUUGAGAUACACAAAAACAUAUAGUAUUAUACGUUUUACGAUACGAUUGUAAUGAAACACUUUGUAAGCAAAGGAAAAAAAGUUACGCAUAGUUUUCCAUACCCCGUAAUGAAUGUAAUUCGUUGAAAGGGAGAGUUCACACAAAAACAACACGAACACAUACACAUACACGCAGACGGACGGUCAGAAGAAGUUACACACGUACAAGCGCGCGCAUGCACGCAUACAUAUACACACACACACACGUUUGAAGUCACUCGGGUACACACAAGAAUUAAUAAGAAAAAAAAAGAAGUCAGUAAUCUGUCUUUAAAGUAUCAUGUGUCUAUAAACUAUAGCGAUCGAUAUUGUCUCUUAAAUAAAUGGCAAAAAAAAUACAAAUAACCGUGGUAACGUCGUGUAAGGUAGCGAUAAACAAACACUCUGCAAUAUAAUGACAUAAUAUAUAUUCUUACAUUUAUAACGGCGGAACAUACGAAGGAUACAUGCGACGAGAGCAGACUGCGGAAAGCCCGAAAGAUGCGUGCAAAGUGCGCGCGUAUCGAGGAGUAUCGGAGGACGCCAUCGCGAGAGUUGAUUCGAUCUCCUUCCCCUCGGAACUAUGAACGAGAGAGAGAGAGAGAGAGAGAAGGCAAAAAUGGCGUAUUUCGAUAUUGCCGAACGCGCAUGGAGAUAUCACACGGACACACAUGACAUACACACAUAGACAUAUAAAGUACACAAAGAGAGAUCCAAAAAACCUAUUGAUUAUUCUACCAAGUAAAAUAAAUUAAACAAGAGGAUGAUAAUUAGAUUUGUAAUUAAUUACAUAUAUAUUUUUCAAUACUUUAACUACUUGCUGAAUGUAAACUAUAUACAUAUAAUUAUAUAUAUAUAUUAUAUACAUAUAUUAUAUAUAUAUUAUAUACAUACACACCUUUAAUGCGCGCUAUGCCGCGCGCGAAAGGGUGAAGAAGGGUGCGGCGAUGAGAGCAGCCUCGCGGAGAAUCUCCGGGGGAACGCUGAGGGAGAAAAUUAAAAGGGUGAAAUCUGAGAAGAAUCUCGCCGAGAAAAAUUCCCGUGGAAUAAAGGGCCGUCGGCUAAAAUAACGGUCCUCCGAUUUUUUCGAUGUCUCCCGGAAGACUCGUGGCGGCGCCUUUUAUCCGCGCGAUCGCUCGCUUCCGGCUCGGCCGCGGCUCGCGAGAGAGGAAAAGCAGCUAGAAACGCAAACAUCUAUAUCGGGGAGAGAUAUCGCGAGGGACCAUGUCUUUCGUCGCGGCGGAUCGCGCGCCGAGCGGAAACGAGCGACGAGGCACCCUUCUUCGACCGGUCGGGAAGGCGGAAGAAUUUCUGCGAGAUCUUUUUGUACCCCACCCAAGUUACACUCUCGGUGUCGAAAAAAAAAAAACUACGUUACACUACGUGUAAGCGCAUCCUAAAUGUAACUGUUAAUUGCCCCUACUCCAAAGCCCCCCCAACCCACGCCAUUUGUAGAGAGAAGAAAAAUUGCGAGUGAGUGAGUGAGUGAGUGAGAGUUGUGUGUGUAAGACGGAACGAUUGGCUGUGUGAAUUAAAACUAUGUGGCAGUGCGUGCAUGUGUAUGGAAGCGUGAGGACACGUUCGUUCGCCUUAGUUACUUUUCUCCUGGGUGCAAAAUGCGGAAAAAAUGAAGAAUUGUUUCGAAUGAUUUUCGCACGCGAUUAUGAUUGUUAUGUAGAUUGUAUACUUACGGUUAUUACUAUUAUAAUUAUGAUUAUUAUCUCCACCCUUUAGACGAGAAAGAAAGAGAGACAGACACACACUACGCGCCUAUAUAUAUCUGUAUAUAGGUCUUUUCUCACCUCACCUUGUUUCUUUUCUUUUUUCUUCGUCCGUUUAUUUUUCUUUUUUUUUACAUAUAUAUAUAUAUAUAUAUAUUAUAUAUUAGAGAUGUAUUUUCUGUUGGCUCGUUAGAUUUUGUUCCUUUAUUUUUGUACGAAAACGCAACAUCGAUGACAACGCGUCGUCGAUUUUACCUAUAUACAUAUAUACAUAUGAAUAUUAUAAUUGUAGCUCGCUUAUAAGAUUAUCGUUCAAUCCUUCUUUUGAUAUAGUUUGUUAUUGUUGUUUUUAUAUGAUAUUUGAUUAUAUAUAUAUAUAUACCGGCGCGCGCGUUGCCGCGCGUCAGAAAAUAAUAUAUAUAAAUAUAUACUACCAUAUUAUAUAUAUAAUAUAUAUUUUUGUUAAUAAUACAGUGGUUUGAUAACUACAUUAGCCUGUUAAUGAUGAAUUUGUUUCUCUGUUUCUUACGGCCCGUGAAUAUACAUAGAUAGACACACGUGCAUAUACAUAGAUAUAUUAUACAUAUAUACAUACCUAUAUAUAUAAAUAUCGAUUAUAUAUAUACAUAUACUGCUACAUUAUAUUUUGUUUAAAAGUGUGACGAAGCGACAAUGAAGCGUUUCUUGAAAUUUGUCGAGCGACUUUACAAGAGGCUCCGACACGAAAUAUUAAAUAUCGAAACUCGCGUGUAAUAUAACUUAUAAUAUCAUUUUGUAAAUUAUUUUUUGUAUUUUUAUAUAUAUACAUAUAUAAAUAACGAAAGCAUACAAAAGAGAGUCGCGGAACAGUGUUAUGCGCACGGCGAGAAACCAAGAGAGUUUGAGAGCGAGAGAGAGAGAGAGAGAAAGAGAUCGAGCGACAGAGAGGGAGAGAAAGGGUACGAGAGAGAGAGAAUUUUGGUUCGCGAUGAAGGGAGAGGAAAAGAAAACCGCGUGACGCAUUAAUUAACACUGACGAUACUUAAUCAGAGUCGCUGACAGUCCUUUCGUUGAUCGAGAGCGGCGCCAGGAUGAUUAUUAUCCGAACGAUUAUACGAGAUCGCAUACGGCCCGUAUGCAAAACGUUUGUAAAACUGUAAACGAGUAUACACACACACACACACACACACACACGUGCAUACACACAGGCACACGACGCAAAGUUUUAAUUUAAUACGACACGCCAGUCCCGUAAGAUUGCGAUUUGUUCCCGAUUAUUUGUACCUCUCUGUAUGUAUUUUGCAGCUUGUCAGUGCUUUUUGUUCAUUAUUACAUUACCUUAUAAAUAUUAAUUCACCGUUCUUUUUGUACCAGUCUACUCUUUAUAUAUAUAUAAUACGUGUCGUCGGGAUGCGAGCUCUGUUGAUUCAAUUUAGCCGGCGUAUAUAGCGCAACGCAACUCCAAAGAAAGCGCGGCCACGGCCCGCCGAUCUCGGGCCGAUCGCGCGCGAUCAUUGGUGACCUCGCAAGCAACUUAGUCGUAUAAAUAGCGUACUGCAGAUAUUAUUUUUCUCAAAAGAGAUCAAGCGGACAUACGAUCGGACGAAGUGAGUAACCGUGAAAGUUACACGCUGGACUCUAGUUACCCUCGACCGCGGCUUUAGUUGAUUUAAACCUUUUCCACACGCUCGCCAACAUGGAGAAUCAUCAACGGUAUUUACCCGGGCACGAUGUAAGAUACAGAACGUUACAUUAUCGUUUUUUAUUUCUCUCAUGUUCCGAUGUUCCGAAAAUAAAAUGCGAAAUCAAAUCAAAGACGUGUUGAAGGGGAUUGUUAACGCCGUCUGCAACGAUGCUUUUUUGCUACAAUUAUCGGCGUUCGUUUCCGCUUCAGAGAAAAUGUUUCAGCUGCGUCGAGAGAGUUGACACGUCCCCGAAAGACAACGUUCCGCACGUUGCGCGCGGUCGAGGGUUGGAUUCCGUUCUCGUGCGCACCACGAAGAAAGAUUUAUCGUCCAACCGCCGCGCCGCGCCGGUCGGGGCACGGGAUUAUCCCCGCGGCGUGCAAGAUGCUUAUCGGUCUUAUGUAAAUUAACCGCCAUUCAAGCCGCAACGGAGUCUGAGUAAUUAUGACAGAUAAUUGCCUCGUAUCUCGUAACGAACUAACCUCACCCUCCCCCUCCCCCUAAUCGAUUCUGUAUUCCCCCGCGAGCGAGCGAGCGAGCGAACGCGAUUCUCACCUAAAUGGCCGAUAGCGCGAAACACGCCGUGGAUGUUCCCUCGUUAAAAGCCGCGACCGGUGGGCCGGGUCCCUUUUCCGCUGAUAUAAUAAUCAAAAAUAAGACGCGCGCGGCGAUCCGCGCGUCGUCGUGAUUCCGCUGUAAUUCGCCUCCAUCCUUGAGUCGGCUUUUAGAAAGCCAUGCUUGGAAGAGAUCCGUCGAGAAGUUUCAAGAAAAUUUCGUUUCGCGCAUGGGAGAACGAGAGAGAGAGGGGAGCCAGAGGAAGGUGGUAGCAGCGAGAAUUCUUCGAGAUUCUCGCGUUUGAGCGUGCGUGUCUGAUGCGUGCGAGAGAAAAAGAGUGCGAGGGAGGGAGAGAAUGGGAACCAGCGAGAUGACGAGAGAGAGAGAGAGAGAGAGAGAGAAAGAGCGAAUGGGAGAGUGGUGUACAUUUUUCGUGAACGUUCUUUCUUUAGUUUUCUCAUGCAAGCACGGUGGACGAGGGUGGUUGCCGAUCGAUUCGAUUGUCCUGGAUCGAAACCGUCGUCGCUGGCCGAGCGAAUCUCUCGCGAUCAGACGAAUCUCUCAGCCGAGUCUAGACUCGACCGUAGUUUGGCGAUCGAGCGCAAAACCAUCGGCCGUGCCAUCGACAAGAUCGUCAAAGGAUACGGGAAAUCGGGCCAAUCUGGGGCCCGUGCGCCGACGACUUCCGUCGAAAGGCAUGAAAAACUUUUGGAGACUGGAGAUCUCCGCUAGAAAGAAGGCACUGUUUGCACUUCUGAUUAGUCCUUAAUUGACGCUUAAACGAAUCAGGACCGAAGAUACGUAAUGCGCGAAGGAUAUAAUUAGUAGAGUAGGCUUAUCUAGUGAUAGUCUGAAAUUCGUACAAAAUUCUUUAUCCUUAAGUAAAAAAAAUAAAAAAAAUAGAGGCACCCGGCAAAAUCCUUUAGAGACUCGUGCUGGCUGGGAUACAAAUGUCAAACGGCUACACGGACCAAUCGGUCGAACAGCGUCGAGGGAAAGAGAGAGAUCGACGACGAUCCAGGACGAUGAUCGACGGCGAGGUGAAGGGCAGGGCGCCUGGUAUUAGUACACAUUAGUUUCUUGGCUAGAGGGGGCGCCUAAUUAGUUGUUGGAAUUUUAUAGUCUAGGUAAUAAUUCUCGAUAUAGUUCAAUGUUGUCGAGUUUUCUAUUAGUUGCGCGCAUGACGAGGCGAACGCGAGGAGGCGAGGGGAAAGAACUGAACUCGUACCCAAUUUAAACGACUCCUGUAAUCGCUGCGAGCGGACAAAUUUACUGUUUGUAUAAUUGUUCAAAAAGAUAUAUUCUAUAUGUGCGAAUAAAGUGUUUUAUAUAUGUUAAAUGGGCUUGUGUAAUUCGGCUGGGAGCGCGUUUUUUCGCGGCGUCCGCAGAAUUUCGAUGGAAAUUUAAUAUCGGCGCAGUAAUCGGAACUCGCUGUAACAUCGGGACAAUUUAGGACCGAGAGCGGCACUUUGCGUUGAAAGUCGUGAUAUUAUUAUUCAUUUUGUUGCCGGCGAUGAAAAUUUUCCCCGGGAGUAUGAGACUUCGCGAUUUUGCGGCGCGCGCGUUAAACAUUAAUUAUUGAAACGUUAAUAUCGUGUGUGUGUGUGUGUGUGUGUGUGUGUGUGUGUAUGCGUGUGUGUGUGUGCUCGCUGAAACCGCCGCCGCCUCCUGGUAAAUCGAUAAACCGUUAGUGCGGAUGUGCACGCCGCGUUUCGUUCGCUCAUUUCAGCGUGAGCUUACGCCCGCGGCCGUAAAUUUCGACGGCGCUAAUUGCCCGGCGUUCUUCCGUCGAAACGGACGCGUUUUAAUUGAUUUACGCGGAAAUCGCAGGCAUCAACGCGCGCAAGUGCAAUCUCUCUGCGGAGACGUGUGAUCGCCGCAAAAGGGAAAUAACCGAAGGAAUUUCACGAAAUUACGCGAGAUUACAGACGUAUAAAUCGCGAAUCCCUUUGAGCAAAACGUGAUAAGUAAUGUUGGUUAAUAAAAAAUAUAUAUGUAUUUCGACACCAAUAUUUGAUAACGCUGUCGUAAACGUGCGUUCCACUUCUUUUCAGUGGCGUGCUAUGUAUGUUACCAUUAAUUCAGAAAUCUUUAUAAACUUUAAUAGCGAAUUUAGUAAAUUGUAUUACGGGGAGACUUUUAUUGAAAUCCCUUUUCUCUUUGAAAGUCUUUUCUAAAAAUAAUAAAAUAUCACUCAAUCGAGAGAGAAGAAUGUAGAUGAAAAUAUAAUAGUUUAACAUGCUUAACACGAGACUCUUGUUUUAAACGGGCAGCUCUCGCGUAAACAAUUCGGGACUUCGUUCGGCGAAGCUCGGGGGUGACUUCAGACUUUCCUCGCGAUCCUCGACUCGUCCUCGUCAUCGGUGUGUGGGGUUAGUCAGGACGAUUUCGAGUUACUAAUAGCGUCUGUGCGGAGUGUUGGAGAGAGACACCGGAUACUUCCGGCAACUGUCCAGUUAGCGGAUUCUCACCUAGAAAACUAGAAUCGUCGUCUCUCGCCGGGGCUGAACGAACGGGACUGCUUCCGGUUUGCAAUUUCGAACUUUUGGAAAGCGAGAUCCGACGAGAUCACCAAUUUCCGUCAUUAAAUUAUUCCAGCAAGAACGGCAGAAAGAGAUUAAACUAUCAUUUUGCUGCUCUACAGCUUCCUAUGUCGAUUAUGUAAUAUAAAAAAUAAAUAAAGUUGUUUUGGGUGACAGUAUUGAUCGAUAAUGAACGAACGACAAUGCCGGGGAAACGCUCCGCUCAGCUCCGACGACGACGUUUCUCGCGAAAACUUUCCGAGCGAAUUCGUUAUUCCUUCCAGCGCCCGCCGCCGUAGGAGGCGGGAGAGAUUCUACGAGGUGCUCUCCGAAAGUUUUCCGAUGGGGGACGAUGGGAUGCAUUGUGAAUGGCCGAUCGGUAAAUAAGGAAACGGCGUAGAAAAAGAGAAAGAGAGACGCGUCUUGGCAGAGUCGCUGUCUGUGUAGACGUGUGUGAACGAUAGACGAGAACUUUAUCUAUAUAUUUGCCACGAUAUUUAAUAUGUGAAUGAGUAUAUCUAUUGAAUAUAUAAUAUUGACAUAUAAUAUAGAUAUAAAUACAUGAGAAAGAAAGUGAGUGAGUGAGUGAGUGAGUGAGUGAGAGAGAAAGCGAAUGCGAGAGGAAGAGCGAGCGCAAAAAGAGUGUACGGUAUAAUAUCAUAAAAUUAUUAUCUCUUUGUUACUUCUUUAUAAUUAAAACAAUAAAAAAGCUACUGAAUAAAAAGACGCUGUGCACAUUGUUAUUUAAGCCGGAUAUGGACGGCGGUGUUUCACUUUCUGUAUGUCUAUCGGUGUGUAACUGUAGCGCUACGUUCCUCCUUUCCGAUUUCCUCGAGUCGUUAUUAUCGAGCUAUUUGUCGUGUUACAUAAUUCAAUUGACAGCGGAUUGCCGGACUUAUCCUUAAAAAAUUCAUGGACAGUGACUUAGAUUAGUGGCCAUAUAAUGUUUACAAUAAUGCUAGUCACGAAUGCGCUUAUCUAUUAAUUUCCGUUUUGUAAUUAUCAAUAUUUCAUAUCAAAUAUAAUCUUACUGUAACUUAACGAUAAUGAUGACGAUAAUCGACUAUCUUUGAAUUGGAACACGAUAAAUUCGCGUAACAGAUUUUUUUUCAUAUCGUUCUUUUUCGUAUGUGUGCGUGUUUCGAAGAGUUGUAUAGACAAUUCAAGAUCGUCACUUUUUAAUAAUAUAAUUUUUAUUCUCUCUGAUAGUGUUUUAAAAAUGAUAUUUUUUAAAUUAUACAAGCCGAUUUUAAUUGUAUUAGAUCGACAAUUAAUUUGUAACAUUAUAAUGCAUGAUGUAUUUUCGAAGAUUUAAUAUUUUAUUUGUUUAAUUUCUAUGUAGAGCAAAUCGUGCGAUACUAAUGUGAUUUUCGAUUGUCGAUGAUUCAAUGAAUAAUGUUUUCGAGUAACCGAUAGCUUAACGCUUUGAAUAUUAAAUAUUUAAUAACUGAUUUCAAAAUUUAUUCCUACUUUUAUCUCAUAAAUAUAUGUACUUAAUGCGAAUGCUUCGUAAUCGAAGUAGUUAAACCCUUCAAUGUAGUAUUUGUUUAGCUCUUUGUAAAUUACGCUCUGUUUUCACAAAAAUUAAAGGUACUUAGGUUAUUAAAAAAAAAAUAGAUAAGGGAACACAAAAGGGUAUGAUUAAACGGAGGAACAAAAAUCGAGCUAACAAAAAAAAAGGAACCAGUAUUUCGUACAUACAUAUACCCAGUCGUUAUCGUCUAAAAGUAAAGAUGAGGUAGUAAAGAGUUGGAAUAACUAAGUAUCAACGGCCAAGGAAACGCGCGUUUUUCAUUCUUCCUACUCUUACGUACGUUUAUAUACCUCUUAAAGCUUAAUUAUCUGCGGUAUAACUGCGCCGGUGGAAUGCGUGAGAGGCGAGAGAAAGAGAGAGAGAGAGAGAGCGGAGGACGAAAUUAAGCGAGUUAUAUUUUUCACCUCGGUGCAGAGGAGACGGCGAGAAGGAGAGAAUCGCUGAACGAAAGUGAUCGUUUAGUUUAGAACGGCCGUGCCGGGUAUGUGAGUGUAACGAUGCAUUUCGCGGCAUAUUGCGCGUACAUGUAGGUAUGGGAAUGCGCUGGAAAAUCUAUUUUGCGCCGUUUCGGAAAGACCCUUGUAUUACGAUGUAAAAACAGGCAUAUUCGAUUUUAUAUUCUAAAGUAACGUUAAGGGACGCAUAUACCUUUUACGACGUAGAGCGCGUAUCUACCAUUAGAUGUGAAGACAACAUGUGAGUACACACACACACACACAUAUAUAUAUAUAUAUAUAUAUAUGUAAUAUCUUCGGCGUUAUUAAGUGAAAGAAUCUAUCGAGACUCUCUCAGUUGAUACGGGAAAAUAAAGGUAAAGAGAAUUGUCAUAAAUAUUUUUCGCGAAAAUUAAAAAUCUUAUCACUCUUGGAAAGGCUUGGAAAGUCGCUCGCUUGAUCGCCACUUGACGGCAAUGAAUCAGCAAAAGGAUUACGUUAUCAAAUCGCGCAUUCUUUUUACAUACAUACACAAACGGAAACUGACGCAAAAAAAUUCAUACAUAGGAUUAUGUUUUUAAAGAGAGAUAAAUUUUAUAUAAGCGUCACUUUACACGCGUAAUCAAAAUGUUCCGAUGCUCAAUUUCGGAAUCUAUGCGGGAGCUAUUUUCCCUACAAUUUUGAGAAAUCGACAGAUCGGUCACGCGAUUUUCGUGACUAGCACAUACGGCAACCGUUGCUCUAUCUGCAAGAGAAAGAGAGGAGAGAAAGAAACGGAGAGAUGUGUGUUUCUUGUAAUAAUAUUCGUGUCUGUGUUUUGUGUCCAUCAACGUACCUCCACAUCUAUCUGUCUAUACCCGCCUGUAUGAAUCUCGCACACUUGCGUGGCCUCUGUGUGUCGUUACAAAAUCAAAAUAUAUAAAUCAAUCGGACAGGUCGGCUGAAGAGGGAACGGCCAGGAACGACCGGUUAAACUCCGCGAGAUUCGCGGGAUGUAAAACGAUCUCGCGAUCUGCGCGAUAUCGAUUUACACGGAGGAACUAAUCCGCAGGAUUGGGGACUUUAGAAUUCUAUUACGUUCGACAGGCGAUAGGCGACAAGCUAAUGUCGCAAUUUAUCAUAAGGCUCAGCUUGCGUAAUUUAUCGUGACGUUAUCGCUCGUUUCACGUCUAGGCUCAAGUCUAUAAGCGUCCGCCUAAAAAUUCUCUCCAUCCUUUGUAUGUUCUUAUCGAGUAUAGUUACCUCCGCUAUCCUUGCGUGAAAGUUAUUAGGAGAGAAGUGAUUCUCUCUAAGAGAUACGUGUGCAUUCCCUCUUCAGUCGACCGACAGUGUCGUGUUUGGAGUUCCUGGACUGAUCAAACAGCACCUGUCUCAGCGCUUUUUAAUCCUCAGGAUGUAUCUCAUAGCUACGUGACAUGAGAUUAUAUAUACGUAUAUAUAUACGGAUUUCUGUGUGUAGACGACAGAUGAACAGAACACGAAAUGCAUAUACGAUACACAGACACAAGCACACUCUCACACGGAUGGGAAAGCAGUAGAAAAUGGGGCAGAUGCCAGAGGAACGAGAUAGAAAGAGAUAUUAUGACAGAGGCCGUGGGGCUGGAUACGGCAUCUACAUACUUUUUUCACGGAUUUAAUAGCUGUACGAUACUCGUGCGUAGCCGAUAAGUAUUAUUAUCCUUAAGUAUAUAUCGUAAGCUACAUUAAAAUGAACAGAUGAAUAUAUACAGUAUAUUACACAUGUGCAUAUUCUAUACGGGGGGGACGUAGGUGUUUUAGCGAUAAUUUCCUAGUAAGAAUUUUCACAGUAUUCUUGUAAGGCGGCAAAAUAUUCCGUCGAGGAGCGAAAGGAGGGAAAUGGAAAACGGCGAAUCUUAGUUUCCCAAUGAAGCGGUUCUAUCUAUGACGCGAGAAAUGCUCCAUGGAAAAUCAUUUCCAUAUGAAAAUCGAUUAGUUUAAUAUCGCGCAAAUCGUGCAGGCGGAAAAUCGUUCGCGCGAGACGCGCCGAGAGAAGGACGUGCGGGAAAGUUUGCGCAUUGCGAUAGCGGGUAAUGAUCAAACGACGAUAAAGUUUAAAGUCCGGAAGACCCUAAGUGCCAAAGAACGCCAAGGGCGACCUGAGCGUAAGAGCAAUUUUCCGAAGUAUAACGUCGGAAGUACAUCGACCGAAGACAACAUAUGUUCAUCGUUUCCGGAGUACUUUUAGAAUUUCGAUUUCCUUAUACGCGCGCACGUGUGACUGUGUGUAUAGGCGUUUGUAAUUUUUCGCGUCCUCCUUUAUUAUAUUUACGCUAAUAUAAUUUCCAUGAUUUAUGAAUCACCGGAAAGAAGUCAUGAUGAAAUAAGUAUUUUCCGAAUAAUUUCCGAGAACGAUGUCUAAAUGGAGCGAUCGAGGAUCGCAAAUCUAUUUUCCCUAGAUGUGCUCUCGUUCAUUUUCGACAAUUUCUUUCAGCGCGAUAAUUUUUUUAGCGUCACAAAUUAUCGAACAUUUUUUUCGUUGACAUUAAUUAGCUCGGAUAUUGUUAAUUAAUUUAUUCUUCUUUGCGUGUCCCGUAUGGACCCGUUGCGGAUUACUGUAAUUAGUCGCGAGUAUAUCGACCGCCACCGUGCGUCUGAUAAGCGCGUCCGGGCUUAUUAUGCGAAUGAUGAACUAUCGGAAAACGAAUCUGAUUUCAUCGGGAGGACGAAACAGAUCGUACCUCCUGCGAGUGUAAACGCGCGAGCGUGUGCGACAGCGUCGAACAUCUUCGACAUUAAUUAUCUAGCAUCCCGUGACGCCCGUGCGUCCUUAUACGCGAGUGCAACAGCGUCAGCGCGAGAGCGGAUGUGUUACAGAAAGCCGAGACUUGUCCCGCUCGUGGUGAAAACCAGGUGACAUUAAUUAGUAUCGUGAUAGUCGACGCUGUCGCAGCCACGUCAUUUGUUUUCGCCCCGAGAGACGGAGAGAAAGAGAUUUCCACAAAUGUGAAAACGAGAUGAAAGUCCAAAGAACUUUAAUGUCGAACAUGUCGAACAGAUUACGAUAACAUCGGUCUGAUCGCAAGCAAAUUAUUCUAUGUAAAACAGAUUAUUCUACGUAAAUUUUGAUUUACAAAUCUCGCGUUAAAGCCGUUUUUGCGUUUAUAAUUUCCGAAUCGCUCUCUUAAAAUAAGCAUUCCUCGAUUUAUCAUUGUUACCGUUCGCGAACUCUUUAAUUGAAGUAUUUCAAGCGCACUGUUGGGAGGAAACCGACUCGUUUAAUUGAAAUCGAAAAAGUAUCAGAAUCUGCAUCGUUCACGUAAUUAUUUGUAAAAAAAAGAGAGAGAUAAUUCGUUCGCUUCCGAGCGUAAACUGCAGCAACUAAAAUAAUUUGCCGGCUUAGUUUAGAAUUGAGACUCUUAUAUUCUCGUUCGAGUUGCAUGGAGUUAGAUUGUCAGUAUUACUAAUUACAAUAUUGUGCGCAAAUGUAGCAAUAUUACAUGUAAAUAAGUUUAAAGCGGCUUCACGUUUAGCAUUAAGUGAACGCGAUUCGUAUAUCAGCGUGUAAUUACGCGAUCACGCCGGGGAAAUGUCUUUGGCGAUUCUGCGAUUCUAUCAACUCGUUUCAUCUCGUAAUCGUAGCGCCAGCUCGUUACCGCAGGUAUACGACAGGUGAAUUGAAUCGAGAGAUUGAUCGAACCUCCAAGCCACACGGGCGUCGACUCGCCGCAACUAACUUCUGCUCGCUUCAUCUCGCUCUGCUAAUUAUUAUCGAGAGAGAGAGACAGUUCAUUUCCUCUGUUCUGUCAUCACUUCGCUUUCUCCGGAGGAAAACCGAGAGUCCGAUCUCGCCCUUCGAUUCCAUUCAUCUUGUCGUCUCUCCUGCGUCAGCCGGAUCGGCUGCUUGCGAACCAGUCGGCUCAUAAUAAAUAAUAAUCCGCGAAUCGAAAACGGGGAGAAUCGAAAUACCCGACAGCGAUCCCAUACGGUGCGAGGGAAAUCCCGGCGGUGGAAGAUCGUGAUAAGAGCGAGAAAAAUCGAUGUCGCUCUUCGAUCAAAGUUGCACUCGCUCGUUCUUCGGCCUCGGGGUCCCGACUCACCUGUGGGACGCGUAAAUGCGUAGCGCACCUGCAGGACACGUAAACGCGCGCAGGUUUCGCAAGCGCUCAAAGUAUGAUUAGCAAACAUCGAUUAAUCAGCGUUUACCUUGUCACAGUAUCGGAUGUAUACGAGAGAAGGAAGAAGAGAGAGAGGGAGAUGGAGAGAGGGAGAAACUCGAACGAUCGGCAUUAGCCGCCCGAGGGGACCGAGUUUCUGCGUUCUCCAAUGCGAGAAGACUCGCCAGAAGUAUGGCGAGGUCGGGCCCCGCGGGCCCUUUUUUUUGCCACAAUGGCGUCGAAUCUGUGGGGCCGAGCGUCAUUUCUUCUCUUCUCCUUCUCGUUUACGGAGAGGUUGCACGUGGCUCCGAAUAAUUCGCGAAGCGUGCGUGUGUAUAAGAUCGCGGAAGAUUACGAAACUUGGGAUCGCUUCUCUCGAGAGAAUGGAAAUUCUUCGAGACACGGGCGUCAAUGAGAGGGGCGCGAGGUAUCGACGUUAUUGCGAAUGAAAAAUGAAGGAGAAGAGAUACCGAUCGUGAUUAAUCUCGGGCGCAAGACACGCGAUAUCGUUUCUCACAUUCAAUAGCGAUCAAUCACGCGUUUCUGUCAUGACGCGCAAUUAUGUCCGGUCUCGGUUGCAUACCGAACGCGAAUGAAUAAGGGAAAAAGAAAAGAAGAGAAAGAGAGAGAGAAAAAAAAGAGACAGCUAAUCGCGUUACCUUUAAGAAAACUACCGUUGAUUCGAUAUCGAUGUCGUAUCUACCUACUACAUCUAAAUUGCGAUCUCUUUAGAAUUAAUGAGUGUGACGUAAUAAUGUUCGAUAGUCAGUGUUAUUAACGAUAAUCUAAUAGCGCUAUGAUUAAUUGUGAACUGCCCUCGCGUAAAUCGUCGUGUUAGCUGUUUUUUCCCUUCCCCCCUUUUUUUUCCUUCGCGACAGAGGUCGGGGGAAGGCUGAAUGAAAAGCGCGACUUAUAAUUAAGUUAUAAAGAACAUUAAACGAAACGCGUAACCUCGUAACUCUUUGAUUGCACGUCGUGAUCUCCUCAUUCCCGGUGAGGCGCUCACCGGCAUGCAUCGAGUAUUACGGGUGAUGUUCGUAGGCCGAAGCUAAACACGGGUACGGUCGUUCGCGGGCGUUGAUCAAUUAAUUAAGCAGCGACACACGACGCGUUACUCAAGGGCGCCCGAUUAAUCGACGGCAGUCUCGAAACAGCGCAGCUACAACUUGUACAUGAUCUUAAGGGUUAAAGUACAUUUACGCUACAGUAAAUGAUUAAAGUUAAACGGUGAAGUCGAUAAUACAACCCCUCGCGAUAACACAACCAAGUGUGUAAUUACGAAUUCGGCAAAAAAAAAAAAAA